AUGUUGGAAGGAACAGUGGCACGAAUCCUAAACCAACUGCUCGGCAAGUAUGUGCAAGAUCUGGAUACGGAAAACCUAAACGUCGGCAUUUUUUCCGGCACCGUGCAACUGAACGACUUGAAACUGAAACCCGAAGCUCUGUACGAGUUGGCUUUGCCAGUGGAAGUGAAAGCCGGAACAAUUGGCAAAAUCGGCCUGAAAAUCCCAUGGUCGGCCCUCUGGAGACACCCAGUGGUUCUCAGCAUCGAAGACAUCCACAUGGUGGUCAAUCCCAUCGUGCGCAAUCAGCCAUUCGAUCCUGAUCUCAACAAGCGGCUGCUGAGGGCCUUCAAGAGGAGAACUCUGGAACUUUUGGAGUACGAUGGAGGCCUUUUGGGCGGCCCGGCUGCUUUUGCUGAGCAUUUGGUUUCCCACAUCCUCAACUACAUCCAGAUCAACAUCAUCAAUGUCCAUGUGCGCUAUGAGGACGACAGCAGCUGGAUUGAGCCAAUAGCAGCUGGGCUUUGCAUAGCGUCGAUCUCCGCGCAAAGCACCAGCAGCAAAUGGAAGCGCGCCAACAAUGACCCACACCUCCAAACAGGCUACUACUUGAUCAAAAUCGAGGCCAUGUCGGUCUAUUGGAACACCAAGGUGACUCCCAAGCGGUGGGACCUGCCGUCGCAGUACUACCAAUGGAGGAACGCCAUGGUGAAGAGCUUGCAGAGCUUCUCCUUUGAGGGCGAGGUGUUCAACUUUGUGUUAAACCCCAUGCUGACCAAGAUCAAGAUGACAAUCAACAAGUCCCUAGAGGGCCACGUAGCGGAAAUCAGCACCGACGUUAUAGUGCAAGACUGCAACUUGCAACUUUCCAAGAACCAAUACGACGCGAUCAUUGCAGUCAGCAGCAGCCUGCAAAGGAUGAUGAUCAGUUGGCAGUUUCUAUCAGCUAGGCCGGUGGCCAAGGUGCUGAAGAACGAAAAGGCCUGGUGGAAGUACGCCUGUUGGGCCACACUCGAGCAACGGGUCAGACCAAUGAGCUGGAGCCGGAUAAAAACGGCCCGGGAACACUACAAGAAGUACAUGGACACCUACAAGCAGAUCAUCGCCAAUCCCCACGACACUGAGCUGAAGCUGGAUCUUCAGCAGCACGAAGACAAUCUUUCCAUCGUCAACGUGGUCAUUGCCAGGCAGCACACGAGGUUACUGAUGCAAUCCAACAGCCAAACUGAGAAGAGCUUCUGGUCGAUGCUGCCAUCUCCGGAAAAAAUCGUUUUGUGCCAGAAGAUUGGGUAUUACGACAAGAACGAAACGGCCAGACCCAUCGACCACACGUGCAACUUGAAGCUGGGCAACUGCAACCUGAUCCUCACCAACCAAUCGCAGGAGGUGCUGGUGGCCACCCUCACUCAGACCUUGUUGACGGUCAAACCGCAGUUUGUAGACCAAACGUAUCGGGCCUCGUUGAAAGUAGAGGGCUUCAUUGUGGAGGGAAACGGACCGAAAAACACUCUGAACUGYCUGCUGUCCUCCGAACAUUUGAAGGACAGUCCGGCUUUCGUCUUCAUCGCCUACUGGGAGAAACUGAAGACCCACAAUGGUUUCGCUCAUCGGCURCAAGUGACUUUGAAUCCAGUCGAGUGCAUUUAUAAUAAGCRAUGCUUUGAAGAUUUGGAAACUUUCCUGCAAGCCACCGCAAGCUCCAAGCGAACGAACCUGCUGCAAGUGGUCAGGAAAAUGCCAAAUCUCCUCUAUAAAAGGGUGCGGAAAAUGAUCGCCAGCAAAUGGGAGCUGAACUUGAACAUCAAAUGCCCCUACUUGGUGAUACCCGAGUCCAGCUCCUGCACCGCCCCAGAGGAAAACGUUCUGGUGGUCGACCUGGGAAAGUUCUGGAUCAGAACUGAGAUCUGCCAACAGACCCAGAUUUGCGAAACCGCCACCAAGAUGGAGUUGGAAGAACAGCUUUACUCCAAGUUGCACAUAAAUUGCACCAAUCUGCAAGUUCUAUUCUGUGAUAAAAACGACCAUUGGAAGGAGGCGAGAAACGAGAAGGAUACAGCCAUGCAUCUGAUACCAAAAACCUCGUUUACGGCCGUUUACGCCUUGGCGGCUUUAAACGUUAAAUCCAUACCCAGGCUGAAAUUCAACAUAGCUUGCAACACCCUCAAGCUAAACAUCUCGGAACGGAAGACCGGGUUAUUGUUGAAGUUCUUCAACGUGGAUCAGAUUCGAAUCGACGUUAUAACCGAGGCGAUGCAACCGGACAUCUACAAGAAGGACCGAGUGAAGGAGCUGCUGAACGUUCCGACGUUGAAGAGGAUGCAGGAAAGGAUCAGCCUCUCCGACACGUUUAAGUAUCGGAAGCACAAAAUACUCAAUGGAUUUGAGGAGACAAAGAAGACAAACAAAAGCUUCGAACUAAACGAACCGAAACCAAACAUGAACGAAGCAUGGGCCAGAACGGUGGACUUACCGGGCCUCGAAGACAACAUUUCGCCCUCCAACAACAUCGAGGUUCUAUACGGAUUGGUCGUAAACGAGUUUUCGAUGGUGUUUUCCAAAUCGAGCGACAGCACUGAUCGGCAGUACUUGAUGUUGCGACUGGGGCAAUUCUCCAUGGAUAUCGCGUUCAUGACGUUUGGGCCGGCUUACCAAGUUUCCUUGCACAGUGUGCUGCUUACCGAUAAGAUGCACACCACUUCAAGCGGGCAGUACUUGGACCUGAUUUUCACUCCUUUGCCCAACAACUCUGAUGUGGUUACAGUGCUUUAUCGCAAAGUGAACGCAAAAUGCCCAGAAUUCUGGAGCCACUUCCACGGAGUGGAAACAUCGCUGGUGGCCAACAUCGGCACCUUGCACCUUCUGGUUCAUCAGGAAGCCAUUCACACGUUCAUCAAGUACUCAAAAUACCUCUCAAACAAAAUAAAGCACCAAGCGUCCCAGUAUCUGAAGAACCUGGUGAGGAGGUUUAUUGCCAGCAUAAACUCCACCCUGCACAAGCCUUCAGACGUGCCAGUUCCACCGGGUUCAGUGAAAUUCUCCCAAUCCGCCAGAAUGAGCGACCUGAACGUGGUGGUUUGCGACUCCGACUUCGACAUCAUCAACAUCCACUUAUCCGGGUUGGAGCUGGAUUUUCUGUUCCGCGCCAAUGAGAGAUUCGUGUUCAGGAGCUACUUGGGCAGCAUCAAUGUGGACCACUUGAGCCAAGUUACGAUGUACUCCAAAGUGCUCUACACCGAUGAGGACAAAGUCUUCGAGGUGAAAUAUGUGCGCAAUGCGGCCCAUUUGAAGAACAGCGAAGUCCUAGACAGACAGUAUGAAGAUGCUCAUGAUGGAAGCUUCAAGUUCCAGCUGGGGCGGAUUCAUUUCAUUUUCUUGUACAAGCUGAUGGUGCAACUGCAGCGCUUCAUCAUCAACCUGGAGGUGUUGGAGUAUUUGGAAAGCUACCUCCAAUUGACAAGGAAAGCCGUUAGAGUGGCAACGGACACUUUGAAGAACAAAACGAAAAUCAGCCUAUCGAUUAACGUGUUCGGGCCAGUGUUUUUGCUGCCUCAAAAGUCCUCCUCGCCCAACGUCCUGGUCGUAGACACUGGCAACUUGAGGAUAGAGAACUUCUUCAAGGAGUCCGAAACUGGAGUGGUGGAGGACAUCCUGGCUAAACUCAAGGAGGUUGUAGUGACCAGAGGAGUGAUGUCGUUGACUUCCACUCUGGAAAUGCAGGAAACCCUCGUGGAACCGAUCUGCAUCAACAUGGACAUCAAGAAGUACACCAACGCCAAAACGUUGCAGAAAAACUGGGAAAUUGGCGCGAUUCUGGAAAAAAUCGAACUCACUUUGGGCCAGAAGGACUUGGCCAUGCUCAUGGCCAUCUAUAGCGACAACAUCGGAGAAGCCAAACUCGUGGACUUGCUACCAGAGGAAAUCCGAUCGCCGAUUUCCGACACACUCGACCAAGACGACAACGUGAGGGAACUGGAAGCGUUCUUCAGCGAACCGAAGCAGAAGUUCGUGACGGGAAAAUGCAGGAUCGAAGAAGUGAAACUCGUGCUGUUCUUCGACGCUGGUGAACUUCUCAGUUCGCCAAUUCGAGACUUAAACCAUGGGCUCUGCAAGCUGGAGAUCAACGACAUCGACACCUCAGUGGUGGUUUACACUGAUAAGAGCUCAGACGGAAAACUCUCCAUUGACACGAUCCUAGUGGAGGAAAUCGGGCCUGAUGCCAACAAGCACAGCAAAACAGUGUUGAGUUCGCCGGCAGAAGACGGCCGGAACAACAACAUCUGCAACAUCACCGUCAACAAGCCCCCGAUAGUGGACGUGAAUUUCCAUCAAACGAAGAACGGAGAUCAAUCGGCUGAUGUUAUAGUGGGCCGGCUCUGCCUCUCCCUAUCGGUGCCAUUUUGCGAAAAGGUUGCCUUGUACGUGCUGGAAUGCAUCCCAAGAGAAAUCAACGAACUGGGAAUCGUCAACGCUGGAUACGAAGGCGAAACGAGGAGAUUUGACGAGAAGCGACGCCUGCAAAACAGCCUCACUAUUUCAGUGAGAGUGAACAAGCCGGAGCUGAUGUUUCUGGUUGAGACCACGUCCAACAAGAAAAGAUAUUUCAUCACCAAGAGCGAGAUUCUGGUGGACUUUUCCCGACACUGUAACCGCCUCAACUUGGUUACAUCCCUCUCGGGGUUGCACAGUUUAUUCUACGACCUGAGCGAGUACUCAGACCAGCCCUAUGUAGUGCUGAAGCAGUGCGACAUUGAGCUGGCGAGGAACGUGGAGGAACACUCGGAAAAAAUCGUUCUGAGCAUUUCUGGAAUGUACGUCAAGCUCUGUUCUGAGGUCGUCCACUCGGUGAACGACAUCUUGAACGACAUAGUGGAGCACUUUAAGGUGCCCGAGAUGGAACUGGAGCGGAAAUGGCAGCGGAAAUGCAGCACUGUUGAGGCUGCGCCUGAAGAGCUGUGGGAGCCCAAGAAAAUGCCCCCAUAUACCACUAAGGCGAAUUCCGCAAAUCUACCAACCCACGCCUGCAGCCAGAGCCUCACGGUACCCAAGUUUGAGGUGGUUCUGAUCUUCGAGCUGGAUCAGAUUCAGGUUCUCCUCCUCAAGUCCUCCAUGGAGCUUCAGCUGCAGAAUUGGAACCACCUGGUCAACAGCACCGGAACUGUUUCCCUCCAGGCCAACUAUUUCAAUGAAAGCGCACAGUGUUGGGAGCCGGUGAUCGACCCCGUUAUGCUAGAGGAGAUGGAGUAUCGAGGCUGGGAAUGCAAAAUAACUGUUUUCCAAGACAAACCACUGCAAAUCAACGACCCGGAGGAAAAGCUGGAAAAGGUGCAACAGCGCAAAAAACCGCCUCCAAACCAGUCGAGAGCUCAGAAGGCCUCCCGGUCCUACACGACUACUGAAAGCGAGGACUCUGGCGAAGAUAUGGCCUACUUGGAGCCGAUGAACUCGCUGAACCUCAACAUUAAUCGGCGAGUCAAAACCAGCUUGAGCGCCUUCUUGGACGACUCAGACAGCGAAAGUGAGGAGGGAGCUAUGGAGAAACUGGCCGCCGCUAUUUCGGACCUCUUUACAGGUGAUUGGAAUGAGCAUGAGGACAGCGAGUGCCAACAUUCGAGCGAAGAUGAAAACGAAGCUUUGGAGAGUUCAAGGCCGAAAAAGGCGAAUCCAGAGGCGACUUUUGGAAAGUGCCUUUACGUCAUUCUGAACUCACGGGACACGCUCAAUGUUACUGUGACUCCCACUUUCAUGAAGGUCUUCAAUGAACUGGUCGCUCAAUAUUCCAGCAAAAUCGUAUCCGUGAAUCAGGAUCGUAAAGCGAUCAGUGUCACCAAUGAUAUCGGGCCCCAAUCGCGAGUGGAACUGUUUGAGAAGAAAUCGAAGAGCACUGAGCCGGACACUUUGCUCCGCAUGAAGAAGUUCGAGAAUGAAGAGUCCGCACCCAACAGCCCCUGCAAACUGAUGCUGCACUACCAGGAAAGUGCGGCUUUCGAAGAAGAGCAUCUUGAGCUGCAGCUGAAGCACGACUACGAGCAAGGCUACGACUUCUCGACGAUCCAGAGCUUGGAGUUUCCUCAAGAAACCACCGGGUCCUUGUACGAGAAAGUCAACAGACACUACGUGAAAAUUUUCGUGCCGAACUUCGCCCCCGUGCAGACCAACUGCUCCAAGAGGAAUUGGGAAAAACUGGUGAAACUGCAGGCGGUUGAUCCCGCCCCAUUGGGCAACUACCACUUGGCGGUGCGGCAUGGCAUCGGCAGAAUGGGGCGGAAUGUGAACGCCAGCUCCCCUUUGCAAAUCCGCAACGAAACCUGCUUCGCUUUGAACAUCCUCUAUCAACCCUCGGUGCUGCAGCAGAUGAACAUGGAGCCGGUAGGCGAUGUGACCAAUCCGUUUGAAACCACCAUGCGAAUAGCCAUCUUGGGGGCCCACGACAGCUACAAUGUGCCGCUUCACAUUGCGUAUCAUUGCAAGCUGUUCAUUCAACCGGCUUACGCCGAGGGCCACUAUGCUUCGGAGUCUGGCAUAUGGUGGAGGGACAUGGCGCGGGAAAUGGACGCUGCUUACAACCUCAUUUGCAAGCCGAAAAACAACUCGCACCUGGACAUCUUCGCGUUGAGGGCGUUGCUGCGGAGGAACUUGGAGGUGAAGAAUUCACUCGCCCACUCGGUGCCUAAUUACUUGGUGAAGCUCCUGCCGCCCUUGACUGUGCAGAACUUCCUCCCCUAUACCUUGGAGGUGGCCAAUGUCUCCCUCAAGCAGGGGGUCCAAGCAGAGCCGGGGGAAAAGUGCAGCAUUUACUCCCUGGACUUAUCAAAGGACCAAAAGCUCGCGCUGAAAAUGACCUACAACACCUUGACCUGGACUGGCCAGCUAACGGUAACUGGACACUUGGACGACAAGCUCAUAGUGAUGGUUUCUGACCAGAAAAGCGAGCGAAAGGACAUGCAGAUUAACGUGAAGUGCGACAGAGAGGGCGGCUGCAAUUUGCUGUUCUACUCGCCCUAUUGGAUCGUGAACAAAACCGGCCUACCACUCAAAGUGAAGGCAUCGCUGGCCCAAAACGUCCAGGACUGUCCCAACGAUGACAUACUACUUUUCGCCUACAAAAGACACAGCAAACAGACGCUGAACGUUCGAGUCUACGACUCGAUGUGGUCUAAUGAUGUCUGUGCGGAAUGCGCCGGAACCACCGGACUGAUCGUGUGCAAAGACACCGAAAGAAAGAAGAAAUACAUGCUCUUCAUGAACGCGACUUUGAGCAACUUCUGCCCGAGGCUGACCAAAACGGUUACCAUUCUGCCCAGCUUCUUGGUAACCAACAACACGCCCAAACGCCUAAGAUUCAUGGAAGACAAUGAAAAAACUGACCUGUGGACCGAUCUGGAGCCCAGUCAAACGGCGAUUUAUUGGCCCGACACCACGUCGAUGCAGAUUUUCGUCAAGUACCGGGAAAGCAACUUGAUUUCGCAAGCAAUAUUCAUAUCCAGGCACCACAGGACAGUGCUUCGGAUGGACAAGGGGACUGCGAUUACUGCAGUAACAAGCGGAGGGACUUCCGGCCCCUUCCACAUAUCAUUCAACCAGUACAAGCCGGGCGACUGUCCAGUGCUGAUCAAAAACUACUGUCCCGACCUCUACUUGAAAAUCCAGCAGAAAGACCAAAGCCACGUCAGUCUGCUGAACCCCAACCACAGCCUGCUCUACACUUGGGACAACCCAAUCAUGUCCAGAGUGCUGACCUGGAACAUCUACAACAACAAGGGAAGCGGAUUUGUGCUGGAUAUCUGCAAGGAUGGCUAUGGGGAGCAGAAGAUCAAGUUCCAGUCAGUGAAGAGCAGCGCCAGCAAGCAGGAGUUGUCGUCCAGCGAAGACUCGGACAGUUCCAGCAGCACCCCGAAUAAAUUGAACAAAAAAGUCCGGAAGGACAAGCUGGUCAUCUAUUGGGCCUGCUAUGUGGAAGGGGCGCAGAAAAUCCUGCUGUUCACUCAGGAGCAGAGGAUUUUCGAGAACGUGCUGGCCACUCGGUUUCAAGAGCUCUGCACAGUGGAAGCGCUGACUUCCCUGCCUGGCAUCGGCCUGUCCCUUUUCACCUCAGACGUCGACAAAAAGGAGCAUUUCUACGCCAGUUUAUGUGAUUCGCCGGCAAUUUGGGAGGUAAACGUGGGCGAAAAGUGGAAAACCCUCACCUUGGAACUGGCCGCCUGGAUCGAGGACAAAUACGCAAGAGCCACCAGCCACAAGAAGUGCCAAGUGCGCGACUACGUCCACAUAGACUUUGAGAAAAUGUUCAUGCUGAAGCCAUUCUUCGCGGAAAUGAGACGCACCUACACACCAGCUAUUUAUUGCCACUUUAGACGCUCCCCCAAGUUCCACUCGAUGGACUUUCGCCUCAACUAUCUCCAGAUCGAUAACAAGCACAGCAAUUGCAUAGUUUUCCAGCCGAUUUUCCACGCCAACGACCAUCAAGAGCCGCUGCUUAGGGUGGCGCUCCUAAAGCAAAUCGAGCAGGACUUUCACAGCUACCGAUAUAUCAACAUCCACUUCGGGGACGUUUGUGUGAACAUUGAAAACGACCUCUGGACCAAAGUGGCGGGCCUUUUGAAGGAGAACAAGAAGUUUGGAAGGGACUACAGUUGCGCUUCGGCCUACAUCGUCGACAUAACGGCGAUCAGGAAGAACUUAACAGCAAAACCCAACAACGACUCCAUUUGGGACUUGCAGCAGAAACAGUCCAGGAUCGAGCACAUGAGCUUGUCGAGCUUCGGCAUACAGUUGUCCAUCUCCAAUCGAAUCCAGAUGAAUCUGCUGAGCGACACCAUGGUGUUGAACAGGAUUUUGGACUAUUUGUUCCCACAUAACAUGGCCCCUUAUAUGCCCAUGGAAGGCGUCCAUCAUAAAAUAACUCCUACCGAAUGGGUGGAUGUGGAUGAAACUUUAACCGGCGCAUUGGGAAACUUAACCGAGCAUGUAACCAGCAGGUUUUUACAGCAAUACUACUCCCAAGUGCUGGGAUUGCAGGUUUUGGUAAACAGCUUCGACCGGCCGGCUGUUGUUGAGACAUGGGAGCCUUAUGCUUCCCAGUCAGCAUCCUCUGUUUUAUUCGCUUGCCAGUGCGUUCUGGGGCACAUCUCAAUGUCGCCAGCUGCAUGGGAAACCUGCAUUUUGGACGUUUUCCCCAACUUCAACCUGGAGAGCUGCAAAACCAAGCCCAGCAGGAAGAAACAAAAAAACGCCGAGGAAAUCCUGCCUAGGGUUGUAUCGAAUUGCGGAAAAAGCUUCGAAGUGGGAGUGCCGAUAGCUCUGGCGCAACUCUUCGUCAAGAACUACAACGUCAGCAUUCAGUGCGAUGGGGAAAUGUUUUUCAAAACGUCCGGAAAAGCGCUGUUUUCCCUGAUAACCAGGCAUCCGGACGACAAGGCCGACUGCGUGGAAUUGGCCAAAGAAGCGCUGAGAAGAGCGCUGGUUCUAGGAGAACCCAUUCGAAUCCAUCAGCGCCUCACGCGUUACAGGAACGUUUUGGGGCUACUGCCAUUCUCAACGCAUGAAUCCAUGGGGCAACAUCUGCUGGAAACUGUGGGCAACACGCGAUUUUCCAGCGACAGAUACUGGGCCCAUGUGCCGGUUGAUCGCACAAAAAAAUCCAUCGUUAUAGUCUCCUUAGAGCACGUGAUUCGCGUCAACAAAUCCUCCCUAUGGGGGCCGUGGGAAAUUGAAUGGUCCGUUGAACUAGACGACAUUAUUUCUUUGCCGAAAAUCAACCAAGUGGAACUGACUCUGAAUUUGAGACAGACCGAGACCAUUCCAGACCAGCAGAUUAAAAUAGUGGGGCCCCAAGAGAUACUGGGAUGGCUGCACGACAAAAUCGAGCAAGCGAUGAUCCUCAACAUGGAGGACAAAUCCUGGACGGUGCACGAUGCAGAUUAAUUCACUGACUUGAGUAGUUGUUGAACGCUUCAGAUAUUUAUAAAUGUACCACCGAACCCGGCAAAUAAAAGGCAGAUAUUUUCAAGAAACUCUUGUUGAA